GAAAAGAAAAUUAUAAAUCACGUUUUCCCAUGUUUGUACUUUUUACAGAAAGAAGUGAAGGAUGUGUUUGCUGCCAUCGUGUUUGAAGCAGCCUACAGCUUAGGAAAACACGUUGUGGAUGGACACCAGGACCGUGACCUUCCCUCACUCACUCCUGUUCUACGCUGGAAAAAAGGAGAGAAGAUCGCUGCAAAGAACGAGACGUGGUUUGAGAAGAACUGUCUGUCAGAGGACUGCGCCGCUGACCUGAGGCUUCAUGGGAAACUGCUGCUUUCUGGGCGUUACAUCAGUUCUCAUCUGGCUCUUGGUGGAGUAAGAAACGUCUCGUUAAAUUUAACCGUCUCUAAUGCUGGAGAUGACGCCUACGACACCAACAUCUACUUAAACUUCUCCAGAGAGGUUCACUACAUCAACUUCUUACAAAGAGAAGAGAAGGGCAUUUCCUGUAUGCUGGUAGAGCUGGACUUCCUCAUGUGCAGCGUUGGAUUUCCUUUCAUGAGAGCGCAAACCAAGUACCAUCUAUCGGUGCUUUUCGACACGAGUCAUCUGUCUGGUGAAAAUGAGACGCUGCUAUUUUUAGUUCAUGCUAGAAGUGCCAAUCCAGAACAUGAUAGCACACUUCAUGAUAACACAUUGGAGUUGUCCAUACCGCUGGUACAUGAGGUGGACACAACAAUCACAGGUGUGGUCACGCCUACGUCUUUUGUGUAUGGGAACUCAGUGGACCGAUCACGCUUCCUUCAGCUGGACGACAUGGAAUGCAGCUUUCAGCCGCUCAACUUCACCUUUCAGGUGAUAAACAAUGGGCCCAGCAGACUUCCAGGCUCCACGGUGGACAUCAGGAUACCCAACCGCCUGACUGGUAACGGAGCAGAUAUGUUCCAUAUCAUUGACACACAAGUAUCUGAAGGUCGAGGGAACUGCACGUGGCACAGGAACCCCAAACCCUGCACAAUUCCUCAGGACAAGGAGAGCAUCUUCCACACCAUUUUUGCUUUCUUCACCAAAUCAGGCAGAAAAGUUCUGGACUGUGACCGGCCUGGCAGAGCGUGUCUUACUAUUUCCUGCAGUCUGAGCUCUCAGGCUAAAGAAGAAGCCACGAACAUAGAUGUGCAAAUGCUACUGAACACUGAAAUACUACAGAGGGACAGCUCCUCUGUGAUCCAGUUUGUGACACGAGGUCACGUCCAGCUGGACGACAGGGCCGUGGAGGUCUCAACCGGCCUUCCAGAGGAGAUUUCUCUGGUGUUUGAGGCCCUUCACAGUCAGGAGCCCAGGGGUUACGUGGUGGGAUGGAUCAUCGCCAUCAGCCUCCUCGUGGGAAUCCUCAUCUUCCUGCUGCUGGCGGUGCUGCUCUGGAAGAUGGGAUUCUUCAGGAGGCAUUACAGAGAGAUCAUAGAGGCCGAAAAGAACAGAAAGGACAGCGAUGAAAGCUGGGAUUGGGUCCAGAAGAGCCAAUGAGAGCUUGGAUUGGGUUCAGAAAAUCCAAUACCCCGGCUCUCUCCAAAGACCCAGACCCUCCAGCCUUCCAUAUGUGGAAGAAAAGAAUAUUCUCCAGAUUUUUCGGAGGUUUGACACUUUUUGUUUGUCGUUGAUGGUGAUCUAGCUGAUGUUGGAGGUGACCGUGUGGCCUGCCAGAAGAGACUCGCAGUGGAAUUCCACUGAUCCCAAUGGGACAGGCCUCUUGCCAGUGGGUCUGAAGAGACGGAAAGAGAGACUUCCUGGAACGAAUGUGGAUAUCGUGUCAAUACUAGCAGACAAUUACAACCCUCAGGGCGCUGUUGAAAAGCAAAAAUCUAUUUUUUAUAAAAUGUAUUCCAUACUGUAUAGAAGAGAGCUUCAAGAGUUGUCUUUAAAGCACUGAUGACUGACACACGCCAAAGAGUUGAUGUUAUUCCUUCACAGUGUUCUGGUGCACAUCAGUUCUCAGAUGAACCUUGAAGAUGGAUUGUACCUCUUUGUCCCCUCAAGAUGUUAACUUACAAAGAAUGCAAAGCAAAAGUUUGUGUCCUUCAUUCAGACGACUCCCGAGUUAAAUGUUGCAUGAACAAAUGAAAGAGGAGAUGCAAACCAAAGUUGUUAUUGCUCGAGUUGUUAAAAGAGUAGUUCACCUCAAAAUGAAUGCUUGCUGAAAAUGCACUCAUCCUCAGGCCAUCCAAGAUGUAGAUG